UUGAACUCGGGACUAUCGAGAAACAAAUCCCGCUAGUGGCAGGGUAGAGGCCUUGAACCCGGGACGUCCGGAUUACAACAGCGUCCUAAACCACUCGGCCACGCUGCCUCCUAAAUAUAAAGGCAGUGGUAAGGUUGUGAAUAUUAUGCGCGAUAAGGUUGUGAAUAUUAUGGAAGAAAUAACGGUACCUCAAUGUAAUUCCUACUUUGUGGCAUUGCUAGUAUUCAAGUCGGUAACAGUUUUCAAUUAGGUUCCAGUUCUUAAAUUGCAACAUUUUGGAAACAUACCCUAAAGGUAUGGAACCGAAAAUAAGGAAACUAUCAAUUCUGUGCAUGCCUACGUGCUUAUGUUUGUGUAGUCAGCGUUGUCUUUGCCGUUAUGCUUAUGCUUGUGCUUAUGUCGCAGGCGUAAAAUCUUGCUGCAUUAAAAGGGGCUUCACAUUUACUGGUUUUAAGCUCAUAAACGUACAACUAAGAAAAUAAUUAUUCGAGGCACACAGGUCAUCGUAUGUCUUAUAUGGAACCUCCUUAUCAUGACAAAUACCCGAAGUACGCACACAAAAAAAGCUGAGGCGUAUUUAACAUGUGUCCAAGAGUUGCUCCGUACGUCGGAUUUUAAUAACUGUUGUACUCUAAAACACUAAGCAGCUUCUUUCACGGUAUUCGGUACGGUGUAUGACAUUUGCAGACUGCAGAUUAAACUGCAGACUGAAGACUACAGUUAGGCGUAAAUAGCGCUGCGGUUAGCAUGAAUAUAACACAGGUUAACCCGCUCAGCUUAGUCUGUUUACGGUUUGCUAUCGAUAAUGAAAUGGGAAUGCAAUAUUAGUGAAAUUUACUGCAGGCUGUAGUCUGCAAAUGUCAUACACCGCAUGGUAUUUGACAAAACAUUAUAUGAUUAUAUAAAAGCAUAUUGUUCCACACUCAACUUGGUCCAUGAGAGUGAGGACAUCGACGAAAAUUGCAAGGAAUGAAUAAAAAUUAAGAGGAGAGCUUAUAUCCGUGGGGUGGGCUUUAUUACCGUUCAAAAGGCUGAAAACCGCAUCCCGCAGGUUCGGAGAAUACCGCGAUACCGUAUUUCGAGAUUAAAAUUACCGAAAUACCGUAAGAAAAACUGUCCAAUACCGCAACCCCAAUAUCCCCCUUCUUAGGCAGACAAGAGACACGUAUUAAGAUCGGAGGACGAUUUUGGCUCGCAUUCUAACGGAAUUCUUGGCGCUCGCAUUUCAAUGCGAAUGGAAAAAAGUAUCCUAUCUUCGUUAAAUAUAGCUUGAUUCUAGACCCUCAAGGGAUGUUAACUCAAAGAAACACUACUUUGCAGCUGCUUUGUGUGAACAAUGAUGCACAUGGAAAGCAGCAGUCUUCGAAGUGAAUGGAUGUUGAUUUGCAGAUCAUAAAGCAUGGAAUCGUACCUUGAACGUCUUAGACAAAACAUUCUCUUAAUUUUCGUUCCUCUCGGAUCCCUCAAGAUAAACAUUGACCUGGUCAAGAGAUUUAUAGAAAAUAUAUGAAGUGCCGUCGGCAUGCAAGGACCAAAUUACCAAGAUUCUUUCGACGAAUCGAACGAAGCUUGACAACUGUGCUGGUUUUUGUUUUCUACUAACACGUACCGUCAACCAUCUCGUUUUAUGUACAAAAAUUUUUCUAAAAAACGACACGUUCACCUUUCGUUGGACAUUGAUGCGAUGGAAACAAAGAGCGAAAAUAGACGAUAACGUCAAGAGAGCAAUUUUUGAGAUUUUAUCUUACAUGACUGUUAUUCCGAAGAAGUAUUUUUGAGUGCCCCCUUGCGUGUAAGCUGUUUAUAACGUGUCACUUAACAAAAUGAGUAGAGAUACCUCAACAACAUCUGAUAAUUCAUCACAGAAAAUUGAGAACGUAAUGAAUGAUUUCGUUCCAAUGAGCCCAACUGGACGUGCCAGACAGCACGCUCGAUGGUGGAUGUUGCUAGCGAUUGCUGCUUGUAUAGUGGCGGUAGUAACGACGUCUUUGUUAAUAUGGUACGCGGCGAACAUGGCAGUAAACAAGAACUGUGCAAACAAGACUUGUCCCCUCAGAUGCGACGACAAACCAACUGAAAAGACGCUGCCUUGCCCGAGAAUGCCAACUGUACGUCCACUGUCGAGUCCCUUACCUGCUGAAUUGGAAGACGUCUUCAAUCAUUUAAACUCCAUCUUGACGGAAAUGGUUGACAAGAACACGUCUUUGCCUGCAAUUUCGGCCAACAUCUUUUAUCGAGAUUCUGUCCUCUGGAGUGCUCAUCGUGGCACUAAAUUGCUCCCGAUUCAAGAUCGUACUGAACCAGAUGGGAAUACAGUGUACCGGAUUGGAAGCAUUACAAAGAUUUUUACCGUGCUUUUGCUCUACAAACUUUACGAGGGCGGGAUGGUAGGAUCAAUCGAUGAUCCCUUGAGUAAGUACAUUGCUGAGUUUAGCAUAAAAAACCCUUUUACCACUGACAAUAUAACACUGAGAGAGAUUGCGAGUCAAAUGUCCGGUUUGCCCAGAGAAGCUCCAUGUAUUUACCACUGCAAAGGAACCAAUUCCAUCGAACAGUUGGAACUUCUUAGAAACAGAAGCCUUAUAUUACCCUCAUGGCAAAUGCCGUCUUACAGCAACCUGGGAUACGCAUUGCUGGGACGAUUACUCACAGAAAGAGUGCUUAACACAACGUUUGAGACCUGGAUUCAAGAAGAGAUUCUAGGUCCGCUUGAGAUGAAGAACACUGGAUUUGAAAUCACUUCAGAGAUUGAAAGGAACACGGCCUUUCCUUACGGAAACAAUAAACAACGGAUGCCAUUUUCGAACAUAGGCUGGGCGAAUCCAGCUGGAGGGAUGCAUUCCUCUAUUAACGACUUGACCAAACUAGGAAUGAUGUUCACUCGGCCAUCUAAACAAAGGGUCUUAAAAGUAUCAACUGUGCGUGAAAUGGCCUUACCCAUCGACGUUGCACCGGAUGGUCGCACUCUAUGGGGAUCACCAUUCGAGAUGGAGCGCUCUAAUGGAUUUCUUAGAAGACAAAAAGUAGGACACAUCGACACUUACGACGCGUACUUUUCGUUCGUUCCUGAACUUGAGCUCGGAAUAAACGUGCUCAUCAGCGCGAUGGGAUUUGUGAAGUCCGAUGUCAAGUAUGCGACCACAUUCGGUCAAAGAGCGUAUGACAAACUGCUACCAGUGCUUAACAAGACACUGUUCAAAAUGGACGAGUCUGCCGACUUCCCGAUCAGCUCGAAAGCGUUUACCGGUUUAUACCUCGUGAAUCAGACGAACACAGUUACGUUGGCCAAGUCAAGCUAUUAUGCUACUAUUAACAAGUCAAAAAGUGUCCUUCUCUUCAAAGGCCAGUCUAAACAAGCCUUCCCCUUUGCCAUAAGGUACAUUGGAGAUUUAUUGACUUUCCGAGCAGAGUAUUUAGACACUGACAUGUCCUGCUUUGCAGAAAGGUCCGGUGUAUUUGCUGACCUGCAUUUCAGUCAACCACACAAAGAUGGUUUGUCUUACGGAUUUACAGUUCCACAAUGGUCUAUUGCUGCAAGACGGAUGAACAACAGUGUUACAGCUGGAGAGGCUGCCUCACAAUAGCCAAGCGCAAGGUUGAAAUUCAUGCUGUGAAACAUCUGCUCAACGAAACAUUUCAAAUUUAUGUGUUCUCUGGUAGAUUCAGCUGAGAAGUUGACUCACAUUUGAAGCUAAAUGAAAAAGACUUGGUAAUGCUUGAAAAUUUCGCCCCGCAAAAAUGUAACUUAUUAGGCUGAGUCAUGAGGUUUGAUUACUCUGCUCGCUAGGAAAUGCAAGGCAAAAUGCAAAUUUUCGAGGAAUUUGUAAGAUAUUUCAGACAGGAAAAUUCCUCCAACAUUAGCAGUGGUUGGGGCCAUUUUUCUAUUCACUUAAAUGUUCAAGGAACUUUCGAUCUCUCUUUACUAUUUUACUAGAUUUCUGGCUAAUUGUAGCUAAUGGUUAGUGAAUAAAUUUCACUCAGCAGAUGGUAUCUUGGCUGUUUAUCAGUUGACGGCGCCCCUAAUUUGACCCUCUCUGUUAAUUACUUCGCGUAUAUUGUUUCUCAAGGAAAUUCGUGUUGGAAACCGUAAAGCAGGUGAAGCCCUAGGCAAUAGAGAAACGCAGAGAAUUCAGUUUUAUUUUUAUUCAACAAACAAGAAACUUAAAAAACACAAGUUUUAAUAUUGUUAUUGCAUAGAGAUAUAAACUGGUCAUGUGAUGCUGAUACAAUAAAGAGUACAUAUAUAAUGUGAUAUAUGUAGUUACCACAUGGAAACUAAAGCUUUAGGCAAUGAAAUAAGAUUUGAAACUCCAAGAAGCUGCAGUUAUUAUUAGAUGCAUUUUCCCAUCUUUUUUAUUUGCCGAGAGCCCACCACGUGACCUGCAAAUAACUGCAUAGAAAUAAUGGUCUGCUCAUGCGUAGUACCGUUUAUAAAUGUGUUUUGAAGCAAGUAAUAUUCUGCUGAUGUGUUAUUGUAAUCACGCUCUAGGGAGAAAAAUAAGAGAUCGGGGAGCUGAGCCGAUAACUGUUCAUUGACUUGAAUAUAUAGGAACAUUACGGACUCCAAGACAAUAUCUACCUAAUCUUAAUUUCCAGUUUGUUAAAAAACGGUCGAAGUUUAGAACUUUCUAGUAAAUAAAAUGAUGCUGACAACA